UACAUAUGUCGUGUAUAACAAAGACAUCUCUAAGACUCCACAGAACACAACCACGAGACUCAAAGACAUGGCCAAUGAAAUACCUUCCAAAGGGAUCCUCAAGAGCGAAGCUCUAAAACAGUACAUCAUGGAAACGUCAGCGUACCCAAGAGAGCAUGAAUUGCUCAAGGAACUUCGACAAGCUACUGUCCAAAAAUACGGAAAUUUAAGCGAGAUGGAGGUUCCAGUUGAUGAGGGUCAUUUUCUAUCAAUGCUUGUAAAGAUCAUGAAUGCGAAAAACACUCUCGAGCUCGGUGUUUUCACCGGCUACUCACUUCUCACUACAGCUCUUGCUUUGCCUGAAGAUGGCCGCAUUACCGCGAUAGACAUUGAUAAAGAAGCUUACGAAGUUGGACUAGAGUUUAUCAAGAAGGCUGGUGUUGAUCACAAGAUUAAUUUUAUCCAUUCCGAUGGUCUUAAGGCCUUAGACCAAUUGGUGAACGACAAAUGUGAGUUUGAUUUUGCAUUUGCGGAUGCUGACAAGUCAAACUAUGUCAACUUCCAUGAGAGGCUUCUAAAAUUGGUGAAGGUUGGAGGAAUCAUUGCGUUCGAUAACACCUUGUGGUUUGGUUUUGUGGCUGAGGAUGAAGAGGGAGUUCCAGAUCAUAUGAGGGAAUAUAGAGCAGCUCUUAUAGAGUUCAAUAAGAAAUUGGCUUUGGAUCCUCGCGUCGAGAUCUCUCAGAUUUCCAUUGGAGAUGGUGUCACGCUCUGCAGACGUCUUGUAUGAUCAAAAGACUACUGAAGAGUAGAAAUCAAAGUUGGAGGGUUUGGAAUAAAAGUAUUAGAUGCUAUAAUAAUGACUUCGUCUUUUGUAAUGGUGUGUUUGAUUGAUGAUCACUCUUCAUCUUCUUUCUAUGUCGUGAUUUUGUCGAUGUUGCUCUGUCUCACGGCAAGGUUCUGCUCUUUUAUGAACAUGUUACUUUGUCAUA